AUGGCUACCGAUAGACUGCCACUACACCUUUGUAACUCAAUAAAACAAUACUGGCUGGAAAUAGAAACGAACCUGCACAAAAUUCAAACAGAGUAUCUCAUUAAUUUAAGAAAAAAAUUAAGUCUAAUCGAAUUGCAAGAAAAAGUGAAGUUGGUUAUUUUACUAGUGUUGUUACUGACUCAAAAUUCGAACGGUAACAGUUUUAGUGGAAAUAGGAAUUCUAUGCUGCGAACUAGAGUUAUAGGUACUAGAUACGGGAGGUUGCAAGGAGUGAUACUGCCAAUGGAUCAGCAUAAAUAUUUGAAGCCAGUUGAAGCGUAUCUGGGUGUUCCAUACGCGACGCCACCGACGGGCUCGAACAGAUUCGCACCAACCAGAGCACCAGCUCCCUGGGACGACAUCAAAACUGUUGACACCAUAGGCCCAGUCUGUCCUCAACGGCUACCGGAUAUCUCAAACGAGACUCUUGCAUUAGAGAGAAUGCCCAAAGGCCGACUAGAGUACCUGAGACGGCUUCUACCAAGGCUGAAGAACCAGAGCGAAGACUGCUUGUAUAUGAAUAUAUAUACUCCAGUACAAGUUGGUCCAACUCUCCAAGCCAAGUAUCCAGUGGUGAUCUUCAUCCACGGCGAGUCGUUCGAGUGGAACUCCGGCAACGUCUACGAUGGCGCUGUCCUGGCUAGCUAUGCAGGCCUUGUCGUCAUCACUAUCAAUUAUAGAUUGGGUAUUUUGGGUUUCCUUAACGCUAAUCCAAUACCGCACAUGAAAGCGAGAGUUGCGAACUAUGGACUUAUGGAUCAAAUAGCAGCAUUACAUUGGGUACAGCAAAACAUAGCUCUGUUCGGAGGCGACUCUGGCAAUGUCACUUUGUUGGGACAUGGUUCCGGCGCUGCUUGUAUUAAUUUCCUCAUGAUUUCACCUACUGUCAUGCCUGGUCUUUUCCAUCGUGCAAUCCUCCUGUCGGGCUCAGCUCUCAGUUCCUGGGCGUUAGUAGAAGACCCCGUCAGUUACUCCGUCCAACUUGCCAAGCAGUCGAACUGCACCCUCCCCGAAGACAUUGUCAAAGACCACGAGCUAAUCGUUGAUUGUCUUCGAGAAGUACCCUUAGAAGAACUCAUGUCUGCAGAAAUCAGCACUCCAAGUUAUUUGACAGCUUUUGGACCAUCAGUUGACGGAGUUGUAGUUAAGACUGACUAUGCAAAAGAACUGCUCACGUUUUUCAUCCCAAAUGACCUUCAAGGUUUUACCAGUGUCUCAGGAGUGAAUAAUUUAAAAGCCGACAAAAGGAGUGGUGACAGAAUAUUUGCAAUCAGAGUAGGUCAGAACAAAUAUGAUCUCCUUUUUGGUGUGGUCACGAGCGAAGCACUUUGGAAAUUCUCUGCUCAGGAUAUACAAAAUGGAUUUGAGGGUGAAAGAAGGGAUAAAAUAAUAAGGACCUAUGUCAGAAAUGCUUACACAUAUCAUUUAAGUGAAAUAUUCUUUACUAUCGUCAAUGAGUAUACUGAUUGGGAAAGGACUGUACAGCAUCCGAUAAACACCAGGGAUGCAGCGGUUCUAGCAAUUUCCGACGCUCAGUACGUAGCUCCUCUUGUACAGACUGGAGACUUCCUUAGCUCUCCCGACAACACCGGCCCAAAAGCUUUUUUCUAUGUUUUUGACUAUCAAACUAAGGACGGAGACUAUCCACAGCGCAUGGGAUCAGUACACGGAGAGGAGCUUCCCUACUUGUUCGGCGCACCACUCGUCGAUGGUUUGGGACAUUUCCCAAAGAACUAUACAAAAUCUGAAGUUGCACUAGCCGAAUCUUUCAUACUCUACAUUGCUAACUUUGCUAGGACUGGGAACCCAAACGAGGCACAACGACAGGAAUCAGUGCUGCCGAUAUCAAGAGAACGCAAUCGGUACAAAAGUAUACAAUGGGAUGAAUACGAUACAUUGCAUCAGAAGUAUUUGGAGAUUGGAAUGAAACCACGCAUGAAAAACCAUUACCGCGCCCAUCAACUGUCGGUCUGGCUGCGGUUGAUCCCAGAGAUCCACCGCGCAGGAAUGAAGGACGUAGUAGCUAAACACAAUCUUUUCCGCAAUCACAACGACCCUGAACUCUACGACGGCCUCGUACGCCCAGAUCCACUGACCAGAGCGAACUAUUACGACCCUACUUUGGAACUUUAUAGAAAACCUAAUAACAUUACUCUCGAUAUACCAUCUACAACCAUGGACACGUACGUCACAACUUGUAUUAGUGUAAUUUCUGCUAGGCCAGGCUCUGCUGUUACUCAUAAUCAAGCUGUUAAUAACACUCAAACGCAAGAUGUCGCUAAUUUGGAAGUCGCAGGUUACACUGCUUAUUCAACAGCGUUAAGUGUUACUAUUGCUAUAGGAUGUUCUUUAUUAAUUUUAAAUGUUCUCAUUUUUGCUGGAGUAUACUAUCAAAGAGAUAAAACACGGUUACAAGUGAAAGCAUUGCAGCAACAGCAGAAAAGGAACCAUAAUUCAACGUUUGAUAGUGUCUCUUCGAAACAUCCUCAUUAUUUUGUCGGACAUUCCCAAAGCUCGAGCACCAUAGUUGAUAUAGACCAUCAGGAUAAAAACGCAAUUAUAGCGAUGACAAACCGUGUUCCUCAUUUUGCAAAUACGAAUUGUCCUAAUGUAUGUCAUACGGGGAUUCAAAUGUCGAAUUUGUCUCAAAAAUCUAGUCCUCCAAAUAGAGAUAGAUGCACUACGCUGCCACGGAAAGUUGGUUUUACCAAUUACCAGCAGACGAAUCAGAUUUGCAAUGCUUCUAAUUGUAUGACGUUGCCAAAGAACGCUUCGUUCUUGAGUAGUGCGAGCAACUUGCCUGAUGUCCAAGCUCAGACUGGGCAAGCUCAAGGACCUGGAAAUGGGUCUGUGUUGCCUCCUCCUUCUCCACCUCAGCACUUCUCUCAAAAAUCAAGAGUCCCUCAAGCAGCGAUGUCUGAAAUGAAUGUAUGAGAUAUGGAAGAUAUUUACAAUUAUGUGUAGAGUGAUAAGGGACACUUAAACAAGGCCAGUAUUUUUAUUAUUCCCUAAACUGAGUUAAGUAAAGGGUAAUUGUAUAAAUUUAUUGACCUUGAAAUUCUAGACACUAUCACUAAUAGACAUAGUUGUAAAUAUCGCAAAAUAACUUGUAAAUAAAAUGUAAUGUUAGAAUUUAUGUAUUAUUAUUACAGGUUUUAAGAUUAUAGAAUAAUUAAUAUAUUUAUGAUGUAUAAAUUCAGUAGUUUUGUUCAUCUUUGUAAAUAUUCCUUGAGAAAUAAAGUAAGACGAAUCACUGAUUGCUCCAUUUUACAAGAUCAAAAUUUAAUUAACGUUAAAGUAGAUUUUGAAUACCCAUGGGAAGGUUUAUUCUGAACACAAACGUUAAUUAAAAGAUAAUUGCAAUGAUCUUUAUUUCAUGGCAGUCUUUCCACAUAUUUUUUUGUAUGUGAUACCAUCUUGUUCUAAACUUCUUUCGUAAUUUUCAAUCGUUUGUAAAAAUCGUCAUUUAAUGACAUAAUUAUUGUAUAUACAUUAGGAUCUUAAAGACUGUAUAAUUGUAACAUUUAUAAAGACAGUGUAACAUAAACUAUCUUAGUUUGAUUAGAAAAACUUUAUAAUAUAGUUACUCUUUAAAAAUUAU